CACUUGAUAUAGAGAUAGAGAGAGAGAGAGAGAGAGAGAGAGAGGAAGCGCUUCUUCGUCUUCGUCGUUGUCGUCUUCUUCUUCAUCUGCUUCUGGUUUUCGCGGAAGGGAAAAUGCGGGGGCAAUGGCUGAGUUGCGUGGUGGGGGAGGACAUGGCGCGGCGCCUCCGCGCGACGCGGGUGAGGGGGAUGGUGGUGGGGUUGGCGUUAGGGCAAUUCGUCUCCCUCCUCAUCACCUCCACCGGGUUCUCCUCCUCCGAGCUCGCGCGACGAGGUAUCAACGCUCCGACGUCGCAGUCGUUCUUCAACUACGUGCUUCUCGCGAUCGUUUACGGGUCUAUCGUGAUUCAUCGGAGAAAAGGGUUAAAGACAAACUGGUAUUACUAUCUGAUGCUUGGUAUUGUUGAUGUGGAGGCCAAUUUUAUUGUUGUGAAGGCUUAUCAGUACACAUCUUUGACGAGUGUGAUGCUUUUGGAUUGUUGGUCAAUUCCGUGCGUCAUAUUUCUUACUUGGAUCUUUUUGAAGACUAAGUACGGGAUCAAAAAAUUCAUUGGUGUGGCCAUAUGUGUUGGUGGCCUUGUUUUAGUUGUAUUUUCUGAUGUGCAUGCAGGAGAUCGUGCAGGAGGGCCCAACCCUGUGAAAGGUGAUAUGUUUGUGAUUGCAGGAUCCAUGCUUUAUGCAGUCAGUAAUGUUAGUGAGGAGUAUUUAGUGAAGAAUGGGGAUAGGAUUGAGAUGAUGGCAAUGCUGGGAGCAUUUGGAGCAGUUAUCAGCGGUUGUCAAAUAGCCAUACUUGAGCGCAAUGAGCUUAAAUCUAUCCACUGGACAGCUGGUGCAGUGCUACCUUUCGUCGGCUUUGCAUUGGCAAUGUUCUUGUUCUAUUCUACCGUCCCUAUAAUUCUUAAGAUAUGUGGAGCAACUAUGCUUAACCUCUCACUGUUAACCUCAGACAUGUGGGCCGUUCUAAUCCGCAUCUUUGCUUAUCAUCAGAAGGUCGAUUGGAUGUACUUCGUAGCUUUUGCAGGUGUUGCAAUUGGCCUCAUUAUCUACUCAAAGGGCUCGAAGGAAGAAGAUCAAACGGCCCAAGUAGCCGAAGUAAAUGAGGAAGAACAUAAAGAAGCGGAUGAAGAGGCUGCGAUCGAAGGCCCAGUUCAAACGACGAGUACAGCCGACGGCCAUAGCUCGAUUCAGCCGAAGCAACUUUGAUCGGCACCAACCAGUUUGACCAAAUAGGCAAAUCUUUCCUUUAAAUUGUAGAGGGUGUGAAAGAACCGAGGCAAAAUCAAGGGACCUAAUAGCAAAAUCUGUUUAGCCAUCAAGGGGAGGAAAGAGUAUCCGAAGAUGAGAUGGAAAUGCCUCUGUAAUGCCAAGAUUUGAGGAAGAGAUUUGUGAUGCAAAAUCGCCGUGUUAAAAAUGGUAAGUUAUUUUCCUUCAAAUAGAUCUCGAAUAGAUCUCGCUGAGAUCUUCAGUUUUAACUUCGUGAAGCAUAAGCAAAAGAAAAGAAAAGUCGGAUGUGUUUAUUUCCUGCAGGAACUUCAGGUUGUGUGCUGGAGAUUUUUCUAUUUUUGGUGUAGUGUAGAACUAAAAUUUUUGAUGGUCUUUUUCUACUAAGAUUCGAUUCCAAUGUUAUUUCAGAGCUCCUUUACUAGUGCCGUUUUUCAUGUUCUACUAUUUCAA